CAGUCACGCGACAGCACGGGACGAGAUCUCUCUCUCCCAAUUUCUCACUCCGCCCCCCUCGCCUCCCUGUCGGAAUCAAUCGCACCCUCCCAUGGCGCAAGGCACGGCGCCCUCCGCCGGCGGCGGCUGCCCCUCUGCCCCCGCCGCCGCGACGACGACUCCCCCUGGAACGCCACGCUCCGCGCCGCCGCCGCUCGCCUCCGGGUACUACGCGGUGGAGCUCUACUUCGACCCGGCGCUGGAGAACCAGGUGCUCAAGGCGUGGAACGCGCUGGCGCGGCGGCAGCUCAGCAGCCGCCUCAUCGACACCGCCUCCCGCCCGCACCUCCCGCUCCUCCACCUUCCCGCGGCCGCGCUCCCCCCUGGGCACGGGGAUCCGCUCCUCCGCCUCGCGCCCUCGCUCCGCGCGCUCGCCUCACGCCUCGACCCGCUCCCGCUCGCGCUUUCCUCGCUCGCCGCUCUCCCUUCUUUCUCCUCCUCGUCCGUCCCACACGACCCCGGCGUGCUCUUCCUCGCGCCCACGCCCUCCGCCGCGCUGCUGGGGCUCCACGCGCAGCUCUGCGAGCUGCUGCGGAAGGACGCGGGCGUCGAGGUCCCCGACGCGUUCAGACCCGAUCACUGGGUCCCGCGGUGCGCCGUCGCAGUCGACGUGCCCCGCGGACGCAUGGCAGAGGCCUUCUGCGUGCUCCGAGAGCUCAAGCUGCUGCCCGUCUCCGGGUACGGGAUGGACAUCGCUCUGGUCGAGGUCGGGGCCACUGUUAGGGAGCUCGUGUCCUACCCGCUUGGCGGCAGCGGCGGCGCCGGAGCAGACUGAGAGGUGUUGUUGUAUUUUGUACAAUGUCUAGAACAUCCUGGAUGGACAAUCAUAUUUAACAGGGACGAGACAUCAUAAUGAUAAUAUGGCAUUACCUUGUCCAAUUUGCCUUCUUCGGGGGAACUACAUCGGGAAGAAGGCUAGAGCAUACUGUAUCCUAACACAUACAGUAUUUUCUUUAAUCAUUUCUUUAAUAUUUUGGUUGAUAAUGUAUUUGAUGUUCCCCCCUCCAUUGUAGAUUUUUUUACUUCACAAAGUACUUCAAGUUUACUGUAAUGAACUAUCGUAAUCGUGUUCGUGUGCCUCGAACCCGCUUGUGCUCACCA